AAGGCAUAUAUAAUGAUUUGAACAUUAGAUUCGAGCCGCGGCGCACCAUCGCAAGGUUUUCUUCUUCUUCUUCUUCCUCUCCUUCACGCCUUUUUUCAAUUGCUUCUUGCAGGAUUCCUGCAAGUACUGCUGUAGCAGAUUCCAAGGUGAAAGGUUCACGUUGAACUUUCUUUCAUGUUUGAACGGGCUAUUAUCCAUUUGGGAGCAAUUGAGUUGCUUGGAGAGUGUUUUUCUUCUUCUAGAAAAAAGAACAGGCCCUUGCCUACAAGACCCACCUGUAUGCACUGCCAAUCGUACCCGGAAUACCCCAACUUUUGUUGUUGUUCUUGACAGCCUUCGCUAAUUGCGUGAUUGCAUUUGCUGCCCAAGGCGUCUGUUGUGAUUGUUUUUCUCUUUGGAACUUUUUUUUGUUUAAGUCAUCAUGGCCUUGCAGAACAUUGGUGCUGGAAAUAGUGAUGAUGCCUUCUAUCGGUAUAAGAUGCCUAAAAUGAUUACCAAGAUUGAGGGUAGAGGGAAUGGCAUCAAAACAAAUAUUGUCAACAUGGUUGACAUUGCCAAGGCAUUGGCAAGGCCACCCUCUUACACAACCAAGUACUUUGGUUGCGAACUUGGGGCACAGUCUAAAUUUGAUGAGAAAGUUGGGACUUCUCAUGUUAAUGGGGCACAUGACACUGCAAAACUUGCAGCUCUUCUUGAGAUCUUUAUCAAGAAAUACGUCCAGUGUUAUGGUUGUGGAAACCCUGAAACUGAGAUAUUGAUUACUAAGAACCAAAUGAUCCAGCUGAAAUGCGCUGCUUGUGGUUUUGUGUCAGAUGUGGAUAUGAGAGACAAGCUGACUAGCUUUAUUAUUAAAAACCCUCCUGAAACAAAGAAAGGAUCCAAAGACAAGAAGGCUAUGAGGAGAGCCGAGAAGGAGAGACUGAAGGAAGGUGCAGCAGCUGACGAGGAACAAAAGAAAAUGAAGAAAGAGACUAAGAAGAAAAGCUCGUCCACUUCCAAGGAUGAGACCACAAAGUUGACCUCUACAAAGAAGAAAGCCAGUGGCUCUGAUGAAGAUCAUCGAUCUCCAGCUCACAGUCAAGUUGAUGAGAAAGAAGAGGCUCCUGAUGAAGAUGAUGAUGAUGGUGAAGUGCAGUGGCUAACAGAUACGUCAUUAGAGGCUGCUCAGCAGCGUAUCCAAGAACAGCUAAGUGCCGUAACAGCUGAUAUGGUCAUGCUCUCCACAGAUGAGCCAGAGAAGAAGGAAAAAGCAUCAAGUAAGACAAGUGAUGGUUCUGAAAAUGGUAAUGCGAUGCACUACAGGAAACUGGUUGGAGAAGUGAAAGCAAUCUUGAACAAAGGUGUUGUGGCGAGUGAAUUGCAGUCCCAUAUGGAAGCAAUUCCAGCACCAGCUCAAGAAAAGAUCAGUGCUCUGAUUGAGGCCUUAUUUGAGGGUAUUGAGAAAGGGUUUGCAAAAGAAGUGGUCAAGAAGAAGCGCUACCUUGCUGCUGCAGUUUCCAUGGAGGAGGGAUCACAUUUGCUAUUGCUUCAUGCAAUUGAGGCUUUCUGUCUAAAGUCCACUUCCAAUGCUUUGAAGGAAAUUCCCAUUGUUUUGAAGGCACUUUAUGAUUCUGAUCUGUUGGAGGAAGAGCACAUCGUGCAGUGGUAUCAAGAAGGGCUGAAUGGCGACAACAAGGACUCUCAGAUAUGGAAGAAGGCCAAACCUUUGAUUGAAUGGCUUCAAAGUGCGGAAUCAGAAACAGAGGAAGAGUAAUCUGCACGAAUAGUCUUUCAUUUCAGUUUCUUUACUUGUGUCUUUUAUUUCCAAUAAAGGGUCUUGCUGUAGUUGGCCCAUUGAGCGUUGUUCCGUGUGCCUGUUUUUGUCUGGAUUUGAGUAACAUUACGAGUCUUUUGUGGUGUCAUCGUGUUUUAUUUUCGUUGCCUAUGGAGUAUGUAUGCAAUUUCUAUUCUACCUAUGUACUUGCAGAAGAAGUCUUUUAGGCCAAUUUCAGAAUACUUCGAGAAAACAAUGGACAGUAGGAAAGUUAAGGGGGUA